AUGUCAAUUAAUUUAGUACAUCCAUCAUCAAAAGGUUACCAUGAUGUCAAAACUACAAACUCCUAUGUCAAGGGAAGACCACAAGUACCACAAGAAUGUAUCGAAUUUGUAAAAAACAAUAAGCUAUUCAAUUUAAAUGAUAACUCCAAAGUAUUAGAUUUGGCCAGCGGAACUGGUAAAUUCACAGAGUUAUUAGCAAAGUCAAACUUCAAAGAUAUUACUGCAGUCGAACCAAGCAAAGAAUUCAGAGACUCAUGUUCCGAAAUUUUACAAAAACUCAAAGACACUGACAAACCAGAUCUCAGUUUCCAAGUUUUAGAUGGUAUUUCCACAUCAAUUCCAGCUGCUGAUGAAUCUGUAGAUGUCCUUUUUGUUUCUCAAGCUUUUCAUUGGUUUAGCAAUACAGAUUCACUAAAAGAAUUUUCACGUAUAUUAAAACCAAAUGGAACUUUGAUUAUGAUUUGGUAUGAUAUGGAUUUAAGCAGUGAUGUUGUUAAUAAAUAUGCCGAUGUUGUACAUGAAAAAUGGUAUGAUGGUCUUGCUCCCCAAUUCAGAUCAUAUAAAUGGAAAAAAGCUUUGGAAGACUUCAAGCCAAUCUUUGAACAAGCUGGUGGUAAAGGAUUAAUCGACCCAAAUCUUCAAAUGGAAAAAUUCCACUUUAACCAAAAGGCCAACAAACAAGUUUGUAUCGAGCGUGCUCUUAGUAUAAGCUAUAUCUCCCAUCUCAAACAAGAAACCAAAGAUCAAAUUAUUAAAGAGGUCAGUGAAGUAUUAGAUAACCACCCAGAUAGCUCCGAUAAUAAGACCUUUGACUUCCCAUAUAGAGUCGAACUUUACUAUACUCAAAAGAAAUAA